AUGGGCAACUCGACUGUUACUCCUGCAACUUCUCUCACUCGUAUUAAUACCACUACUUCUGCUCGUCGCACAUCUGCCUUUGUAAUUAAUCCCGAUAAUUCCGCUACUUCUAAAAAGUCACCUACUUCUCCUGUUCCAUGGAGUUCUGCCAAUGAAGUAGUUCCUGUAACUUCUACAGCUGCCAAUAUUUCUCCUACUGAUAAGACUUCUAUAACUUUUCCAAAUCCUGCGAUUUCAGUUGUUUCUCCAACAUAUGCCGUUUCAAUUGAUUCUCCAACAUUAGAGAUUCCACUUGUUUCUCCUACUCCAUCUGAUAAUGAUAUUCCUGAGAGAGCAUUCAAUUUCAAUGUUGUGACUAGUCCUGAUACGUCUCCUGUUCCUCCUACAAUUAAUACUCCUACUGCUCCUAUAAAAUAUGUUUCACGUCCUAUUGCUAUAACUCCUGUUAAUUCUAUCAUUUCUCCUACUGAAAUUCGUUCUACUGCUUUUAUUACAACUGAUGCUUCUGCUAAUCCUAAUAUUCGCGUUACAUCCAUUACUCCUGUUACACGUACAACUCCUCUUCCUACUAAAGUUGUUCCCAAACGAACAGUAUCUAGAACUUCAACAUUGACUCGUGAACAAUCAAUACCGAUUACUUUAUCAUCUGCUGCUCGAUCAAAUAAAUGGAAUAAAUUUGAACAAGAAAAACAAGAUAAACAGAAACAAUUAUUUCAUGUAGUUCAACAAGCUCAAAAUACAGAUCUAUUCACAUCAACAUGGACAGAUUCCGAUAAUAAUAAAAAAUUAGCUUCUACACCUCCACAUAUUGUAGCUUUACCAAGCUUUGCAUUGCGUACAACAGCUGUAAGUAAACCUUCACAAGAUGAUCAUAUUUUAUUAGAACGAACACAAUCAAUGCAUUCGAAUAUAUCAAUAUUUAAAUUUUAUCUAGAUCAAAAAGAAACCAAAUCAUCAAUUGGUAAUCAUACAAAAGCAACAAUGUUUAAAAUGAAUACUCUUCUUAAACAAACACCUUUUCCAAGUCCAUCUUUAUCGUCUUUUACUAAAAAUUUCAAUGAUGGUACACCUGAAAUGGAUACUAAUUCAAUAGAUAAACCUACAUUUCAAUCACUUGGUCUACAGAAUGAUUUCGAAAUAGAACGUAUCAAUCAAUCAGCACCAAAAGAUUAUUCAAAUAAAAAACAACAACGAAAUAUUUUUCGUACUUCAUCAUUCUCUGAUUUAAAUUCAAAUAGCAACAAUUCUUUUCAAUUUCUUUCUUCAACUAUUCUUAAUCAACCAAAUUAUUCACUGAUGAAUAGUAUACCAACACAAAAUAAUCAUCAACCAUUAACAUCAAUAUCAAAAAUACCAUCAUCUUACGUAAUUAAUAAUCCUCAUUCUACAGAAAAAUACAGUAAAGCACUUCAAGAAUUUCAAAAAAAUGAUUUGGAAAAUUAUCGAUCAACAGUAUCAGUUAAUGUCUUACCACCAACAAUAAAACCUGGUCAAAGUAUAUUAAGAAGUGAAAAAUUAUUUUCUAACUGGUAA